UGGGAGAUGUUUUGGUAAGUCUGGAUGGAUCCCGGCUCUGGGUGCAGGAUCUUCUGUCUGAAGCUGCCGUUCUUCUCGCAGCAGUAAAAGUUUUUCUGCUUCAACAGAUUUGAUGAAGCAGCAAACUUUGGUGAAAUCUGAAGACACUCUCACUGAAAAUCACAAAAUCCAGAAGAUGGAGGAGGCUCUGCAAACCACGCAGGAAAUUAGAAACAGAAAUUGCACAUCGCAGAGGGCCAAAGUGGGCAGUGAGCAGAAAAAGACCCUCAUAUUGUUGAAUCGCGUCCGCAACAACGUGACUACUGAAACCUUGAAGGAUGACCUGAAACGGAUGGAAAAUUCACUGACAGAAAUUUCUGAGCAUCUUCUAAAUGCAAAUAACACAGUCAGCAAAACACGGGGCCCCAACAUGAAGGCUACACAACAACACCUCCAGCAUGCUCUGGCUCAGCUGGAGGUGGAACAAAACAUGCUCCAUCCUGUGACUGUCAUGACUCAUAAGCUGCUAAAGAAAAUUACUGACAUCUUUUUGAUGCUUGACAAAUUUAAAGACGAACUUGAGCAUCUUUCAGCUCAAAUGGAUGGUGCCAAACUGGAACUCGUUAAAAGGUUAAAUAAAAGCUUCUGGUUAAUGUCAGAGGGGGGUGUGGCGGUGAAAGCUGAGCAACAUGCCGAGGAAGUCGCCGAUGUGACCGCAGAACUGCAGCAGGCGAUCAACAGCGCUGAUGUAUCAGGAGUUUAUAACAGCAUCAUCCAAACCCUGGAGGAGGCCGAGUUGAAAGCAAACUGGUCCGGAGGGGCUGCUGAUCAGAUCUUAGAGGAUGUGAAGGAAGGACGUCUGAAUAUGAACGCUGAAGAGAUGGAGGACAAAUCCGGUCAUUUACAAACAGAAGCCAACAACACACUGGACUCCUUUAGAUUGGGUUCACGGUUUGUUAACACGCUCAACAAUAGAGUGAACAAGCAAAGGCAAAAGAGGACAUUGAUGAAAGAGGUUAUGUUGACUCUUAAAGAGGACAUCAAACAGAUCAGAAGAGAUGAGGCAGGUGUCUUUGCAGAAUCUGUGAGGACUGCUACUUCCACUGCAAACUCCAGGAUCAGUAAUGUGAAAGAAAAGCUAAGUGACAUCAGUUUUGAGGUGGCAAGAUUGAGCAACAUCGGUGUGGAUAGAGAUGGUGUGUUGGCAGGAGCGGAUCAAGCUCUGAAGAGCUUCAACAGAGAGCUCCCUGUGCUGAGCGCCAAGCUGAAACAAAUCAGUGCUCUCAGCAGGAAGACGCCUCCUGCUGCCAACAUCACAGAGAGCAUCAGGAGAAUCAACGAUGUCAUAGAUGAGACAAGAAACCUAGUCAACAGGCUCUCUGUUGCCACCACGUUUAAUGGAAAAGCUCACGUUGAGCUUCAUCCUCCGAGGAACUUGGAGGACAUUAAAGCUUUCACAGUGGUCGACCUGCUCCUCAAUCGCCACGCAAACAAACCUGCAGUGACUGACGAAAGGAGAAAGCGACGGCAGAACAAACACAGAGAUGAAAACCUCUUUGUCCUUUACCUGGGUAACAAAGAUGCCUUUGGAGACUACAUCGGGAUGGCUAUCAGAAACACGGUGCUGAUUUGUGUUUAUAAGUUGGGUGGAGUCCUUCAUGAGAUCCAAAGCAGCCAAAUAAGAACCAGCAACGUCAGCUCCUCUAAUUUUGACAGGGUCACCUUCCAAAGAGUUUACCAAGAUGCUGAAGUCAGAAUCACCCAAAACUUCACACUGAAGGACCCAGUCAGCCUUCCUCCUAAACUAAAGCAACCAAACACCAUGAGCGGCGUCUUCAGUCUGGACCCAGAAACAGCUGUUUUCUACGUGGGGGGUUAUCCCAGUGACUUUGUUCCGCCAAAGGAGCUGCGUUACACAAAGUACAGGGGAGCCAUGAAACUCUCCUACAUCAACGACUAUCCUGUCAGCCUUUAUAAUUUCAAGCAUGCAGAAAACAUGGAUGCACAGCAGCCUGCUGUUCUAGUUCCCCAGCAAGAUGUGUCUGAUUAUUAUGAUGGGACAGGUUACAGCAUGGCGCUCAUAAAGGAGCCAAACAGGAAGAGCCAGCUGUUUAAGUUCCACACACACAGCCCAGGGACAGACGCCUUCCUGUUCUUCACUGAAAAUGAAGAGUCUUAUUUCUGUGUGUUUCUGGAGAGGGGCUUCCUGGUGCUCCGAGGACGACAAGCAAACAAAGAACUCAGAGUUCAGAGUCCAGAUCAAGUGUCUCUCUCUGACCAACAGUUUGCAGUCAGCAUUGCAGACAGAUUUGUUGUUCGCUACGGAACAAAACAGAUUUCUGCAGAUAACGCUGGAACAAACUUCAGAAGGUUUUACAUGGGAGGUCUACCCGCUUGGCUCCGACAGAGGCACAACCUCACAGUCACUUCGUUCAGAGGAUGUGUGGGUCGUCUGACGGCAAACGCAGAGACGGUUGAGUACAACAGAACCAUUGGUGUCACUGGGGGGUGUCCAGUGUCUUUACUGGGCAUGCGUGCAGCUGCAUUAUAUUCCUCUCUACCUGUUGAUUUCCUGUUUGUCCUGAACCAAGAGCCAAUCAGAGUCUCUCUGGGAUUCAGGAGCUUCUCCAGACAUGCUGUUCUUCUCAGCAGCAUCUCUGAGGGGUCUUCCUCUGCUCAUGACCUCCAGCUGUCUCUAGCUGAUGGCUUUAUUUUAUUCAGGAGACACAAUUCCACCUUGGUGUCAGAUAAGAGGUACAGUGAUGGAGCCUGGCACCACUUGUCUGCAGAGGCGGGGCCAAAAGGAUUGAGGCUGAACAUUGACAACGUGAAUGUGCUUCAGGAGCGACCGUCUCGUGUCAAUCUGCAGGGAGGAAAAUUCAAAGGCUGCAUUUCUAACGUUUAUUCAUGGAGGCCCGAGCAAAGGUUGACCCCGGCUGAUCUCAGUGUGCUGUCACAAACAACUGACAUCAUCCCUGGUUGGUGUGGCCUUCAUCUCUUCUCACAAGAGGAGUUUUUGACAGAACCUGGUUCAGAGAAGCCCCAGAAGCACAAACCUAUCAAGCCAAUAACUGGAAGCCGCUGCAGACGUCGGCAAAACCAACAUGAAUACAAGUUCUCUGAAGCGAAGAGCUGGCUCAGUUACACAGUGCCAAAAGAACGGCUUAAUUACAGACCUCACUUCUCGCUUCACAUCAAGACUGCGUCAUCCAAAGGGCUGAUCCUUCAUGUCGAGGGAGGAGGAAUGGUUCCUCUGUUGGCUCUUUAUGUGGCAAAUGGCAAGAUCAGGUUGUCGCUUGGCCACAACAGAACCAUCCAGCACAAGCAGAAGACCAACGACGGGAACUGGCACAUGGCAGAGUUCAGUGUGGAGAAGAACCAUUUUCAUUUGCUGGUCGAUGGAAUCCGUGUGACUGAUGGCAUCUUACCAAACAACGAGGGAUCAUCAUUACAGCUGAACAACCCCGUUUAUCUGGGUGGUGAUCCAAGAAGAACCAUUAAAGUACGUCCUAAACUCAGAGAACACAACAUUCCUAUGGACGGUAUUAUUGGCUGCAUGCGGGAGUUUAGAAUGAAUGAUGUUGCUGUUGGUGAACCUGAUUCCAGCCAUAAAAUGUUACCCUGCUUUGGUGGUCUCUCAGAGAUGGGGACAUACUUUGGAGGUGGUCACAUUGUCUCAGAUGAGACUCUCACUGUUGGUUCCGACCUUCUACUGUCCUUUGAGCUGCGUCCUCAACACAUGACGGGUCUUCUCUUCCAUUUUAAAGGAGACAAGAACAGCCUUAAUGUGUACCUACUGAAAAACAAAGUGUUUGUUGAUCUGAAUGAUGUACGUGUAACGGUGACGCCUCACAAAAGCCUCUGUGAUGGGAAAUUCCACAAGGUUACAGUGUCCAAACAGGAAACAGUGAUCCAACUAGUGGUGGACUCCAUAUCAGAGCGGAAAGUCAGCUUGUCCUUGUCCAAUCCAAGAGCACAGUAUUCACUCAACAUCGGAGGGAUGACAAAUCGUGGCUCCCCUGUGUCACCACCUUUUAUCGGUUGCCUGAGAAAUGUAACUUUGGAAAACAAGCCAGUUGCGUUUCAGAGGGGAUUCAGAGUUUUUGGCUUUGUGAACAUCAACAGAUGCCCAGCAGAUUAAUGACUUAAAGCAUCAGCUCUGAUUCACACAGCAUUAACAGAAAUAGCUGAUUUAAAUUUCAAAUGAAACAUUUUCAUGGUCGAAAAACGUUUUUAGUGGACUGACUUGAAUCUUUUCAAAGGGUUUCAUUCAGCAAUAUUUGAUGUUCUGGUAAAAUAUGUUUUUUAAAGCUAGUUUCUCGUUUUAGUAUGAAUACGGAUGAAAUGUGGGUGAACCAAAUAGAAGUAAUCUGUGUUUCUGUUAACCUGCCAAACAAAGGGUGAUAUAUGUGCAUUUACUCAUGCUGGAUGUUGCUUUUCUUGCAAAUGCCAAGCAGAAGGUUGGUGUUUUCAGGUUUGGAACUGGAAUGAGAUCCAGUCACACAGCCAAACAUGGAUGGUUGCAUUAUUGUGUCCACUGAGAGCCUCAGUUUAUCUCUGCAUGUGAACAUCAGAUUCUUAAAACAGCAUUUUGUUAUUUGAAAGACAAUAAUCAACAUAUAAAUAUUCAACAACCCAAAACGAUGUUAGCAUGUGGAGAAAAGGUCAAUUUUUACAUGACAUUAUUAUCUGAAUAUUAAAGGUCGAUGAACUGCUUUCAUACAUAAAAAAGGUCAACUCAAUUUCAUAAAAAUGCAAACCAUAUGUUUACAUAUUGAGAUGGUGUAAAUGUGUCAUAAAAUUUUGAAUUCCAAAAAUAAGUUUUACAUCACAUCUUUAGUGUGAAGUAAGAGACAAUGGCUGACAAUGUUAGUCUCAGUUUUAAGUUAAGAGUGUUGAAAAAUGGCACCAGUUUGAAAAGAUCAUCUGGGACAGUGAACAUUGACUGGUGGCCCACGAGCCACAUCUGGCCUGCUAGACCUUCCCAUCAGGCUCCCAACCCUUUGGGCCCUAGUUUAGAAGUUUAGCAGCAAAAUUCAUGUCCCAAAUAUAAAUAAAUGUUGUCAAGCUGCACCUCUAAAGACACAGCAGAAUCAUGGUUACAACUUGAACAAUUUUGAUCCAGUUGAGCUUUCAGAGUUAUCAAAAAUAUUAGCUUCAUCUAAACCUUCCACUUGCAUUUUGGAUCCAAUCCCAACCAAAUUAUUUAAAGAAGCAUUUGCUUUGGUUACUGCCCCCAUUCUAAAUGUAAUCAAUCUAUCCUUAGUAAAUGGGUAUGUACCACAAGAUUUUAAGGUUGCUGUAAUCAAACCUUCACUUAAGAAGCCUUCUCUGGAUCCAGAUGACCCAAUGAAUUACAGACCAAUAUCUAACCUUCCAUUUUUGUCCAAAGUCCUGGAGAAAAUAGUGGCCAUCCAAGUAAGUGAGCAUUUAAACACUAAUGCUCUGUUUGAGGAAUUUCAGUCUGGUUUUAGAGAGUAUCACAGCACUGAAACUGCAUUAGUGAGAGUUACAAAUGAUAUUCUCAUGGCCUCAGAUAAGAAUCGUGUGUCUGUUCUAGUCUUGUUAGAUCUCAGUGCUGCCUUUGACACAGUUGAUCACAAUGUUCUUUUAGAAAGACUUGAACAUGUUGUAGGGAUCAAAGGAACAGCGCUAGGCUGGUUUAAAUCCUACCUGUCUGACAGAUUUCAUUUUGUAAACGUACAUGACAAAUCGUCUUCAUACUCCAGGGUUACUUGUGGAGUACCACAGGGUUCAGUGCUUGGACCAAUUCUUUUUACUAUAUAUAUGCUCCCAAUUGGUAAAAUCAUUAGACAGCAUGGGAUAAACUUCCACUGUUAUGCUGACGAUACUCAGUUAUAUUUAUCCAUUAACCCUGAUGAACCUAAUCGGUUGGGUAGAUUACAGGCUUGUCUUGAGGACAUAAAACAUUGGAUGACUCUAAACUUUUUGCUUUUAAAUCAAGAGAAGACGGAAGUUCUCAUCUUUGGACCAGAAAUCCAGAAAAGGAAAUUGCUUAGCCAAUCGCCUGACCUGAAUGGCAUUACAUUAAUCUCCGAGAACAAAGCAAGGAACCUUGGUGUUAUCUUUGACCAGGACAUGUCAUUCAAAUCCCAGGUUAAACAGGUUUGUAGGAUUUCCUUUUUCCACCUUCGGAAUAUUGCUAAGAUUAGAAGCAUACUUUCCAGGAGUGAUGCUGAAAAACUAGUUCAUGCAUUUAUUACAUCAAGACUGGAUUACUGUAAUCCAUUACUCUCAGGAAGUCCACAGAAUGUAGUUAAAAGUCUUCAGCUUGUCCAAAAUGCUGCAGCUAGAGUUCUGAUGAGAAUUAAAAAGAGAGAUCAUAUCUCUCCUGUCUUAGCUUCCCUACAUUGGCUACCUGUUAAAUUCAGAAUAGAUUUUAAGAUCCUCCUUCUCACAUAUAAAGCUCUUAAUAAUCAAGCUCCAUCAUACAUCAGUGAUCUGAUUGUUCCAUAUGUUCCUAACCGAGCACUUCGCUCUCAGACUGCAGGUCUACUGGUGGUUCCCAGAAUAUCUAAAAUUAGGAUGGGAGGCAGAUCUUUUAGGUAUCAGGCUCCUCUCCUGUGGAACCAGCUCCCAGCUUUAGUCCGUGAGGCAGACACUUUGUCUACAUUUAAGAAUAGGCUUAAAACAUUUUUAUUUGAUAGGGCCUAUGGUUAAAAUCUGAUGUUAGC